CAACAUUCAUCUCUGGAGGGGGUGUCUAACUUGGUGUUAACGGUGUGUUUGACCCUAAAUUAGUUUUAUGCCGGGAUAUUCCUUGAACUCUCAGAGACCUUUAUUUUAGUUUGUUGUGACUCUAAUCUCACUAGGUACACUAAUCUACCCUUUAACAUUACAAUUCACCUUUUGAAUCUACAUUGGGGGGACUGAACUUUUUCUAGACUUUUUUGAGCUGCACCUGUUAAACACAUUUAUAAAAUAUAAUGGUUCACAUUGGCAGGUCAGGUGUCUCCUCACAGGUGUGUAACAGGUGUAUGCGGUCUGAAUAAUCAAUGUUUGUUUUCUAAAGAUCCUCAAACAUGUCUGAACCUGAACUCAUUCUUCCUCCACAUUCAACAUAAUUUCACACCAAUGCUGUUUCUUCUUGUCAUGUUUCCGAAGACUGAGUUGCGCAACGUGAUCUCUGCAGCCGCCACACACACACACACACACACACACACACACACACACACACACACACACACACACACACACACACACACACACACACACACACACACACACACACACACAGAGAAAGAUCCUGCCUUUGCGGAAGCCAGAGGAGCCGAGGCGGCGCUAAAUUAAAUUAGCAUACUGACUAGUUAGCUGUGGAUGGACGGGUGAACGGAGCUGCAACACAAACACACCGCUUCUUCUACCCUCAACACACCGCCGCUCCGGGCUCAUUUUGUCGGGAUUUUGCUGCAGUCCGCCUGCCGAGGAGAUGGGGGACAAGGCGGGCACCAGGUAGGACGGCUAUGCUACACCCGCUAACAGCCAGUUAGCAUCCGCUCUCACGCAGUUUGCUAACGUUAGCCCGAGCUGCUGCUGCUGCUGCUGCUGCUGUUGGCCCGGGCGGGGGGGAGCUUUUCUCCCGGCUGUGCAGCUCACAUUCACCCGCUUUGUAACGGUUAAGAGACACAAAAGACCACCGAGCAGGGUCCCGGAUCGUGACUUUGUUUUUAAAGGGAUGACCUCGUUCGUAGGAGGCGAAGUUAGCCCACCAUCAGGGUGGGGUUUAGCUAACAGGACGGUUGCUCCAGCCUCCGCUCACAAAUCUGUCACUUCUCCGUGUCAGACUGUCACACACAUUUGAUGGAAGAAAACCUAAAACAUUCAUGAACUGUUUACAUUGACUGUUUCAUUAGUGUGAUUCGAAAUAAACGCAGAGUUGUAAUUUUGGAUAAAAAAUACUACUUGGUGUUGUAGGUGGGAAUUCCCACGGUGCCUUUCCAACAAAAUACGGCCGUGGUGGGCGGUAUCGAUUGGGGAAAAUAUUUGGUAAAACCCCUGAAUUUGUUGGAUUUUAGACCUGCUUUGUUUGUGACAAGAAGGCCGAUCUGAACUUUAUCCUGAAAGAGUAAAUUAAAAAUUCAUUAAUGUGCUUUAUGUGUGAAUUACACUAGGAGAAGUGGAAUUACAUCAAAUCUAAAUGGAGUUUGGUGCGGGCGCAAGCAGAGGGUCUAUCUGGGUUAGCCUGCUACAAAUGGAGGCUAAUCUCGAGUAAGCGGGGUACCGCAGGCUCAUGCUAAUUAGCUGUAAAUUGGUGUGUUUGGAUGCCUAUGUUUGAUUUUUGUAGGUGUUUCUUUUCUUAAAUGGACAGUUAUAGCUGUUAAUGGAGAGUAACUGUUAUAAUAGUCCUUUAAAGCGUCUUUAAUGAUGAGUCUUUGGUUGUUUUUGGCAGAUAGAGAUGCUGUGUUUACAUACUUUAUAUAAUACUGACCUGCAGCUGAUUACGACGCUGAGGUUAGCAUCUUAUUUGCAUCCUCUGAUACGGAAAGGUUAAAGAAAAAAGACCCUGAUCCAACACAAUUAUACUUAGACUAAUUAAAUUCACACUAUAUUACCUAAGAGAGUCUAAAAACUUUAUAAAACAUGGAAUUAGAUUUGUGAAAACUCCAAAAAAGGGUGAAUUCAUACCUUUUUUUCUGUCCAGGCUACACUAUACAAGGACUUUAUCAAACACAUGAACCCCCAAAAAGGGGAAAUUUCACUGAUAUUUUCCAGUUCCUGAUCCAGAACUAUUCCUGUACUUCUCAGGUCUGGUCGACACCGAUUGAGGACGGCAGCAGUUUCUUUUGCAUAUUUGCAAAUCUGUUCCUUUCUUAGUAAAAAUGCAAAAUGGGAUGUUUGUAGAUCACUGUGUACCACUGUCAUUCAGCUCUAGUUAAGUACACUUUCAUUAAACAAAUGCUGAAUUAUGAGUUUAUUAAUUUGAUCAUUAAUUCAGUCAUGAACCACAUUAAUAUACAGCAUCUUCAUCAACUGUGUUUUUAGACAUGUAGGGUUGUUGUGGUGUCGUAAUUUGUUGUCGUACAGCCUAAAGCUUCACUGUGUAGCUUUUGAUCCCGUGAGUGAUGGAGAUAAUUUUUACUAAAAUGUUUUGAAGUUGUACUGACUAUGCUGACCUGAAUUUUAGUCACCGUCUGUGUGCGGGAGUGAGGUGUUUUUGACACGCUUCUAGUACCGUAUUUUUCGCAAUAUAAGGCGCACCUGAUUAUAAGGCGCACCAUCAAUGAACGUGUCUGUUUUCAUACAUAAGGUGCACCGAACUGUAAAGCGCAUUAAGCCAAACAAAACAGUCAGAUACGUCAAACUUUAUUUAACUCAUUCAAUAACUCCACGAGGCUACGGUAGUUGCAGUGCUUUGACAAGCCAAAAGGAUUUUAUGUACGCCUUAUAUUGCGAAAAAUACGGUACAAUCCAAGGUUGUUGUUGAGUUGUUAUUGAUUCAAUGAAAAACAAACAAACAAACAAAAAAAAGACAGAUAUGUCCAACUUGCGAUGAUGGUGAUGUACGUGAUGAGGGUGGGAGUGGUGUUGGAGAUUAACGGUAAAAACGUGUGCUCUUCCCGUUCCCCAGAUCACUUCUUCAUCUUCAUUCCUUUUGUAGCAUUUACCUGCCUGUUCACCUGAAGUGCCCCUUGUGGUGAUUGUAACAAAACAAAACCCUUAAAAUAAUAUAGCAAAAAUGGCUCAUACAGAACUUUUUAGUUUUUAUCUAAGAGUCCUAGUUGUCAGUUACUUAUGGACAAGGUCUAUCAAGAGUGAAUGCUGAUCAGCUUGUUGGACCAUUUUGCUCAUCGUAAACAUGUAUGUUUAGUUUUGGAUGACUGUUAACCCUCUUUUCGUCAGUACUGGAGUUACCCUUUUUAACAGUCUUUGGUUGUUUUCUCUCAUCCUUUUAAACUUGACAGUGAUGUGGUGUCUUUCAGCUUAGACAGCCUGGCAGUUUUCAGGUCCUGCUCAUAAGCUAUUUAUUAAACGAGUGUAGUCUCUGGAGGUUACUGCUUGGUCCCACCAUCUUCUCUGAUCUCUACAUGUGAUAUCCUACUUCAUUUUACCAGCUAGAGUAGGGCUGGGCGAUAAAACGAUAACGGUAUAUAUAUCAAAAUUAAUUUCCUUCGAUAUAGAUAUGAAACAUGGUCAAUAUCCCAUUUGAUAGUCGGCAUUCUGUCAAUAAACACGACACACUGAACCAAUCGUGUGCUGAAUUAGAACCAACUAGCAAACAACUGCAUCACAGGCUGCAGCUACACACAACCACAGCACUUAAACACGUGAAGCCAACAGCACUGUUGGUGAGAGAAAAAGAAAAUGAGCGCUACCCCCGGCGGAAAUGCAGAUGAAGGCUCAACAGAUGACUACAUUGUGGUCAACAUUGACACGAAAAUGUCAGUGGUGUGGAGGUUUUUUGGUUUUUGAGGUCAGCAUGAAGCAGAGUAACGUGCACUGCAAACUAUGUUGAGUACAUGUUAAAUUUCAUUUAAGAGUGAUUUUUUAAAUAUUGUGAUACAUAUCCAUAUCAACUGAUAUGAAAAAAAAUAUAUAAUCAUAAAUUUUUUCCCAUAUCGCCCAGCCCUAAUCGAGGAAGUUGACUUAAAAAAGUCAAAUAUAAGACGCUGAUCAAACUUUUUCUCUUGUAUUUUAGUGAAAAACAGCUUUAUAGGCUACGUGCACACUGCAGGUUAUGCUGCACAAUUCUGAUUUUUUGUUAAAUCCUAUCUUUUUGUGCAGUCGUUCACAUUACUACAAUGAAUGCGGCAUCUAAUUUGAACGGAAUGCGUCCGUGAAGUGACCCGCAUGUGCACAAAGCACAAAUUGCUUUCGGCGCCUGUUUGUGUAGUCAAACAAUGGUAUAUAGUGACGGAUAGGUUUGAUGAAUGCGACCUGAGCGUCCACACUGCAGUCACAUCGGAUACAUAUCCGAUUUAUAUCCACAUACAAAAGAGGCCUGGGUCUGAUUUGAAAAAAUCAGAAUUGCACUGUUCACACUUACAUGAAAAAAUCAGAUAUGUGUCACAUAUGGUUAAAAAAUCGGAACUGACCUGCAGUGUGAACGCAGCCUUAGUCGGAUCUGUGGGUUUUUUAUUUAUUGGACACUUCCCUGAUGGACAUUGUGGUUCUGCUGGAUCAUUUCAUGUGAAACUCGGUUCAGUUGUUUCCUAGUUUGACCAAAUUCCUAAUUCAGGAUGGGGUUUGCACUCCACUAACUUUCUAAGGGUUGCAUAUUGAUCAUUUGGAGGAGGAGGUGAUUUUGCAGCCAUUCUUGGUCUCAUCAGAGAAAGUCUGAUCUGCACUCCUGCAUUGGUGAAAAACAGAGAGACACUCCUUUUUUAUUUUAAAGCCUAAAAUAAAGGUUUUGCUGAUCUGAAACUGUAAAUUAAAGAGUCUGUCGCCGCUCAUGUUAGUAGUUUAAGGUCUGAGAAGUCUAGGUAUAGUAGUUUUGGAUCAGGACGAUGUUUCUUUAACCCUCCCAGCUGUAAAUAAGACGCUUACUUUAGCGCUGUGAGCGUCUGAUUGAAGGUUUCUUCUGGAUGGUACUUUCUGUUGUCCUGCUCUGAAACAGUACCGUAUGAGCUGUUACUGUAGCUACUGUUAAUCCAGACUAUCUGCAGACCCUGAUCAGAAUUGUAAAUCCUGUUUACAGACUUCUACAAACACUCGGCAGUCCUGGAAUCAGCUCUGCAGGGUUUAAAGGCUCUUUUUGUUUACAUGUAGCUUUGUCUGUAUUAGAGCUGAGAAGGAGCUUUUACAGCACAGACCAGCCUCUUGUUUACUCUGCACAUUUUAAUAAAACGAUGACUGUGAUGGUAAAGUGCUGACUUGGCUUUAAUCUGAGGCUGUUUACAUCGAACAUGUUUGUCUACUCUCACACACACACACACACACACACACACACGGGUUGGUGAGUUUUCAGACGAUCCCAGCUCAAACAUGUCUUUGUUUACACACAGCGCUUUCAGGCGGUCUUCUUCUCUGGUCCUUAAGUGAUUGAACUUUACAAUGAGGGCGGCUCUUCUUCUGUGACGGAUGCUGACAUAUACUGAGAUUGAAGCAAACAGACCUGCCCUCACUCUCUCUCUCUCUCUCUUCCUGUUAGGAAACAGGUGGAAACAGGGAGGAGAGGAAACAGUACAGACUGUUGAACCUAUAAACACGGUUGUAGAUGGACACGCCGAUCAGCUGUUUGCCGGCUGCUCUCACUGAUAAAAUGUCGACAUACAGAAGAGAAAGUUUCAGAGCAUUACCUGCUGAUUUUCACACCAACUCUGCCAAAAAAUAUGAGGAAAAAACAAACUAUCAGACAGCCACAGGUGAAGAGAGGAGACGGAGGAGGAGGCGGGUUUGUUUUUGUGUGUCUGAAAAGCCAUGGGACAGAAAGGUGAGAGAGGCCGUAGGGCAGGGCUCGACAGUGCGACUGUUUCACCUGCAUUUGCAACUAAAAACAGAUGUGUGCGAAUUGUAAAAUGUAUUUAGGGGCACAUGUACGCUUAAGAAAAUCAGCUGAGGCAACAAAUGUUUUUUCAUGUAAAUACUAGGGCCCAAAAGAUAUGGAUUUUUUGGGGCCGAUACCGAUUAUAAGGGAGGAAAAACAUUCAAUUACAGAUUAAUCGUCCAAUUUUUAAUUUUUUUUAUGAAGUUUUAAAAUUUUGUUAAUUAAAGUAAUAUAUAUAUAUAUCAGACAUGCAGCAUACACCAUUUCAGCAAAUUCCACUUUUUACAGUAAAAAACAAAGCAAACCAAUCAUAGAUUAGAGUUUCUUUUUUACUAAGGUCUCAGGCUUGUGUCACAGCCAAUCAGAGUUUUGUUUCGUUUGUUGCUUUCGACUCUGUGUCUCCUCUGUGAUGUUUGACCCGGCAGGUGUGUCCAAGGUUUCCACGGGGAGUUUUUCAGCAGUAGUAAAUGUCAAGGCUAAAACAUACAGGAUGCGUAUUUGGAGCGUGGCAGCAGCGUAGCGCAUCUCCCAGCAAAUAGGUCGCCAUUCUGAUCAAUGCAGUAAAGCGUACAGGACGUGUAUUAGCUCCGUCACAGCAUCAUUAAAGCAUCGUUUUUAGCAUCUGCUAAAGAUACACGGCGAGUCUAUUUCUGCUGCUCUACGCUUCAAUCCACACAGAGAAGAUCGCCCUAGACAGAAAGUCAAGCACGGAAACUGCGCAUGUUAUCAAGUAUUUCAAAAUAAAACACCAUAUGUGAACUCCCGACUGUGCAUCAUUUUUCCUGGUUCUGGAUUUAUCAGUAACACAGAGCAAUCCGAUGGUCAGUCCCUGAUCCAUGUGGACCCCAACAGGACUUUGAACUGCUAACUCUGUCUGAAGGUAACAGCACAGCAUAAAGGAACAUAGUUUACUUUAUUAAAUACCAGGAAACCUGUAAAAACCCAAACUGUAAAAUCACUUAAAGCUUUUUCACAUAUAGUAGAGGCUCAACAGUCACUGAAUUAUAUCCAAAUUAUCAGGAAAACGACCACAGAAAGGAAAAACAACCUGUUGUUUCCUCUAUACUGAGCCCAGCUGACCAGAGCUGCACUACACUGCUGCUACGCUCCAAAUACGCUGAUCCUGUAUGAGAUACCCAACGCUUCUCUACGGAGCAAACACGGAACAACGUGCUGAAUACGGAUCCUGUAUGUUUUGGGCUUCAGCGUGGAAAAGCCUCCUGUUGAAUCAGCGGUGUGUGAAUCCAUACAUGUGACAGCUUUAAUUUCACAGAGGAGCUGUACAUUCAAUCUGACAAAGUGCUUUUAGCUCUCUGACUUUUAUCAUUUCAGCGUCUUCUUCCUCUUAUCAAAGAAAAACAUCAAACCGUGGCUGAAAGCAGCUUUAAACCAGUUUGUGGGCUUCACCACAACCAGACAAAUGUAUAACUGUUAUAACUAAAUACAACCCCCAGCUCAAUGAGCCCAUUAUACUCAAAUAUUAUUGAGUUACAUUUAUUGAAAACCCGAGGGACUCGAACAACAAGCAGCUUCUUUCUUGUCUUUCCUUUUUGAAAACGGAGAUAAGAUGUGGUUAUGCUGAAGGAAAACCAAGACUGCUUUUCAAUGUUGAGGAUGUUUUCUUGGGAAAAGGAAAAACUAUUCCCGCUUCUCGCUUCAAUCAUCCGAAACUUAGGAAACAUGCUGAAACCCGUGUGAGCCUAAGUUCACACCAGUCUGAAAAAGAUAAAGUGGGAUACUGAUUUAAAAGUAGUCUUUCUUAUUUACAGCAGCAGGUUCGUUUUUCUUCAAACCUGUCUGAUGACUUCUGUGUCCUACUCACCACCAUGUCUAACUUUUAUUAUCAUUAUUAUUAUUUUUAUUGGCCCAAUAACAACUUAAGGUCGUAAAUCUAGGGCGUUAAAUGCUAUAGAUGAUAGGAAGGCUGAGCAAAACCAACAUGAAUGUCUGUUGAGGGAGUUGGAGUUGUCUGUCUGUUUGUUUUCGUGUCUGAAUGUUAAAAUCUAACAAUAUGGAUAACACAACAACAAAAGUAACAAACUCCUGGGCAGUGAGGUGCCUCGUACUUCCUAUUCUGGUGCCCUUUAAAUGAACAAAACCGCAGUACUCAACACCAAUAUGACAUUUAAAACUGAAAUGAAACCAGUUUAAUCAACACCUGAUGGACCAGAAGCAGGAUGUCUUCAAGAUCAGAAAAUGUCUUAUGUUGUGAACAAAUCUUGUAUUUAUUCUUCUUUUAGUUCUCUUAAGAAUCCCUGUCACAUUUAUUUAUGUAUUAGUCAAAGGUUAGGUUAGGCUAGGUUUGUUUUUAUAGAAUUUAGGUCACAGUGUUUCUGUUCGCUGACACCGCAGAGCCACCAAGCUCAAGUUAUUAGGGGGUUCAUGUUUGCUAUGAUUGACACCUGAUUCAGCCUAUGGGCGUUCAGGGAUUGAGUAGCUCUCCCGGGGGAUACGCUGUUUGAGCCGAGUGUCAUCACAGUGACUCUCUGCGACUGCGCGGCCGAAUGCGCGCAUCGCUACUGCAUAGCGCUGGUUUCAGGAAAUGAAGAAAAAUCCCGGAAAUACCGAGAGCUAUUUGGCUUCAAAUCUGUAUACAGGCGGUAGGCGGAACCAGGUUGUCCAUAAAUACAGUCUAUGGCCAAGAUCAAUUGCAUGUAGGGGAAACCCUGGUGCACGUCUUCCUGAAACUGAGACAGCCUGUUUAGUUCAACCUAACAGGAUGUUGAGGUUCUCUUUUAGAAGACGACUCGCUGUUGUAGUCAGGAGUGGACAUGUUGAGGUAGAGGCGUUGCUUUUCUCUCAGAGCUCACACUGUAUAAUCAGAAAUGACAGACGGCCUCGUCUCCCUGAACAUCGACGGUCUGACGUGCCGUCCUUGCUGAUCCUAACCACCUUCAUGAAUAUUUUAUCCCCUCAGUGCAGACGAUGCUGCUUUAAUAUUAGAGCCACAUUAAACACACUUGACCAACAAAAAUAUCAACAGCUGGUCAAAACUGUCAGUGCUCAAAAACAGAACUACACCGCUGUGUCACUGAUGAAAUCCACAGGAGCCAAACCCCUACACAGCACAGGUUUAUCAGUCAUAUAGACUCUCAAAACAAGAGGUCUAAAAAUAGAAUAAAUUCCUUCUUGAAUGACAUAUGAACAGAGAGGAAGGUUAAGCUGAACGACCAAAAUAAACUCUGAGUUAAAGGGAAGUGGAAUUUUCUGUGUUUUGGGGUUUUCUUUCCGUUUAUUUUCUGCUUCAGUUGCAUUUAAAUGUAGGAAAACAAGCCGGCGCUGCUGUGUUUACUGACUGUGAGAGUUAAGUGUGUGACUGUUAAUGAUCCACUUGAAGGCAGAGACCUGUUUGAGAUGAUUGUCGAGUGUCCGUGGGCAGACGCUCAAGUGCUGCAGAGGAAGUGUAGAGAGGAAGCGGACCGGCAAAAAAAUGAGGAACUGUAGUCGACUCAAAGUCAGACUCCUGACAUGAAGUAUCUCGGAGUCGGUGCUCGUGAGUCACUGUGCUCAGACUGAAGUCCACUCCAGUUUUUGUUUGGCUAAUGUGUACCUUUGUCUGUAGGCUGUUGUGGUGUUAAAGGGUCUGAUUCAGCACUGCGUGUCAACUGUGACCCAGAGGAAGGAUGAUUUCCUGCUCGUUUGAUCUGCAAACAGCCGUGUUUACAUUUAGUACAGGGUCUGGAUAUUGUUCUUGCAUCCUUUAGUAUCUCUGCUGAGAGUUGUGUGUGCAAAACAGUGACCAGGAAGUAGCUGGUGAACAAAAGUAGACAAAGUACUGUAUUUUUCGCUCUAUAAGGCACAUCUGAUUAUAAGGCGCACCAUCAAUGAAUGCGUCUAUUUACGUCUAUUUUCAGACAUAAGGCACACCCGAUUAUAAAGCGCAUUAAGCCAAACAAAACAGUCAGAUAAGUCAAACUUUAUUUAACUUAUUUAAUAACUUUGUGAGGCUACGGUAGCUGCAGUGCUCCGACAAGCCAAAAGGAUUUUAAGUGUGCCUUAUAGUGUGAAAAAUAAGGUAGAUUCUUGGGCAGCCAGAAUAAGGUGGUUAGGGUUAGGGGUGUGGUGCGAUCCCCUGUGGAAGGUUACUCCCUGUCCUCAUCAGUAGUGGACAUGUUGUGUUAGAGGUAGGGCUGGGCGAUAACUAAUCUCAAAGUACUAAACCAAAAUAAUUAUGAUAGCUGUUGAGCAAUAUACUGGUAGACCUCUGUUAGCUGACUAGUCUAAACUGGGUCCAAAUUUAGACGUCUGAAAACUUUCAUUUUUAGACCUGUGGUAGCCUGAUUUUAGACCAGUCGUCUAGACUACAUAGACGUCUAUUAGACCUCUUUUAGACCAAAAAAUGCUCAGUGGGAACUGCGUCGUAGCAGACAGCAGCUACAGCAACACGUGAAGUUGACAGCAUCGUGAAUAAAAAUAAAGAAAACGAGUGCUACCCCCGACAGAAAUACAGAUGAAGGCUCAACAGAUGACGACAUCGUCAACAACACUGGCAUGAAAACGUUGGUGGUGUGGAGGUAUUUUAUCAUGAAGCAGAGUAAUGUGUACUGUAAAUUAUGUCGAAUACAUGUUCUCACAAAGUCAGGGAAUACCUCAGAUCUUUUUCACCACCUGAAGCAGCGCCACGCGGCAGAGCACGUGCAACGCAAAAGGUGACAAACCUCAAGCGGAGCAAGGAGCCCAUGGCGCCUGUGUAGCCGAAACAGCCGACCAUUCAUGCCGCUUUCUCUAGAGCAAUGCCUCACGACAUAAUUAACUUUUUCCCAUAUUGCCCAGCCCUAGUUAGAGGCAUUACUUUUCUCUCUUUUAAUGGAUGUAGGGGCUCACACUGUACUAGGUAAACCGAAAAUUUACAAAAACCAAAAUUUACGACAAUAACCAACGUCAUUUUGCCCAUGACAACAUACUCUGUGUCAAAUCAAUAAAUAAAAGUGUAGGUAGGCUAUGGACUCAUGCCUCUUUAAGACGCUUUCCUACGUCAGAGUCACGCCAUCCAGUCUGUAACAAAGAAGGAUAGACAGGUGAGGAGAUGGAGGACGGUUCAAAGGUUGUAGCAGCUGAAGUAGACGAAGUUAAUGUUGGAGGGGGUGAGCAGCUUGUGGAGUAGUUAUUGUCCAUUUAUCGUUAUCGAGGUGAACUGAUCAAUAUAUUGUGAUCACCCAGCCCUAGAUUUGUAUGCAUGAAUGUCUGACAGGAGUCAUUUCAUUCCUGCGAAACUAGGAAAACAUAAAAGAGUGAGGACAGAUCUGUUCAGGUUCAGGCUCAGGUGAGCAGUCACAGGUGGGCGGGGCUUUCCUCUCGUCUCCUGUUUAUUCAAACUGUCCUUGCAGACUGGCCUGCUGCUGCAGGUGAGUCAGACGCUCGCCGCUCACAGGUGUGAUCCGUUUAUCCGCCUGGAAAGUUUUGGAAGCAGCCAGUCGAGUGUGAUAACGUGUUUACAGCAGGCGGCUGUUUUCUUGUCUAGAGUUUCCCUGGAGGUUUCAAACCUUAAAUCACACCGACAGAGAGGGAGGAACAUCUGACACUGACAAAUACAGAUGAGAAAAAAAACAGAGCAGGUUAACAGGUCAUCAUUUAAAAUCAAGAUCUUUGUUUUAAUUUACUACUUAAAGCUCAAGUUAGUUUUAAAAGUGUCUCCUUGAUCUCACAGAAAAUCACUUCUCACACAUUUUCACCCGUGUAAGCCGAGUAUAUUUGGGUUGGGGUUAUUUUGAGUCCAAGCAGCUCAUUUAUUAGUCAAUAAACCCCCCUGUGGUACUGAUUAUUGGAAGAUUAUGUGCAACAGUCGCAGCAAGCCGUGGAUGACGUGCAGCAGCAGGUAGAUUACAGGGCUAUUUACAGGCAAGGACGCGGUCUAUUAUUUGAAUUUGAUUGAUUCCAGUUAAAGUUGCAGGAAAAGCUCCUGAUGCAGCAACAAAAGGCUGUUGACAAGCUGACUGAAGAGGCUUGAAAGCUGCAUGUUUUCCACUCUGUGUGUUUUCUCCGGGCCUCUUUUGUCCCAUUCUGUGUGGGGUUAUAAAUUUAGGAUAACUUCAUAAAGGAGGAGAAAAAAAAUCUAUUUUUAUCUGUUGGCGUGGAACUGCUGCCGCUUUUAUUUUUUCACUGGGAACAAUAACCCCUUUCUUACAUUCACUCCUAAAGGUCGAGAAAACUGUGACUGAAAUUUAGCUGUUGUUUUUUCCUGAAGUGACUCUUAGUGUUGCAACCGGUUUUCCUCCGUCAUCCUCGCUCAUUUACAUCCAGGUAGUCGAGCAUUAUAGCAGCGUGAUGUUAAGAGCUUUAGCCCCAGUAGUAAGACGUUUUUCUGACCGACAUGUCCAAGCUUACUCAGUUAGAAUAUUAAUUAGCUUAGUCUUCCACACAUGCGCGUUUCUGGUUGCUAAAUUAUGAUAUGAAGGUUAUCUUGCAACCCGUCUGCUUUCAUAAACAGUGUACAUGGAGCUAAUGUUUAAGGCUCUGCAUGUGAAAAAUUUCUUUGACCAAAAGGGAAUUUUGCAGGAAAAAAUGUAAAAACAUUGAAAGAGAUUUUGCACCUUGUCGUCAAGGUGCAUGAGGGGCUAAAAUUGGCCGAUCUAAUCGGCUUGCCUAUAAAUCUGUUCGGCCCUAGUCGGUCCAUCUAUUCUUCUGUCUGCAGAGCUGAUAUCGACACACAACAAUACAAAUUUGUUUUUGAGGUUUUGGACGCCACCAUCUUCUGUUCGUCAGGAUUACUUCAUUAGUGCUGGCUACAAUUUCCUGAUGUGUCUUGUUGUUUUUGGAGAAAUUGUAGAAUUAAGUGGAAGACGUCGAUAAGGGGAACUUUUUAUUGCUCAUUUUGUUGUCAUGUUUCUCAGUAAAGUCCAGUGCUGGAGUUCAGCAAGUCAAAGGUUUCCUGUUGCCCAACAGAAUGAUUCAGAUAACACGCAAACAGUUAAUCAGUUUGUGUCUUUUCUUACACAACUUCAAUGAUAAACAUCAUUUGUGAAAAUGCAAGUCAGUGCAGGUCAUAAAAUUAUGAUCAAAGAUAAUAAACCUUAAACAAAAAAACUUCCUUUAAGUAAUUUGCUAAAAGAAAUGUGAAAAGAAAGGUCUUGAACACUUUUAGAGGCAGAAUUUCGAAUUAUUUCUUAUUUUGCGAUUAUUAAAAUCACGCUUGGAUAAAUAGUUAAGAGUUUUCAAAGUUAUUGAUUCGUCCAGUGAAAAAUACUUAAAGUCAUUUUGGUAAAUUAAGUCUUUUAAAAGUGUUUUGGUGAGAAAAAACACCACUUACUCAGUUUGAGGAUCUCUCUCUUCCAGUAAACUGAAUUCUCUCUCUCUGCGUGUUUUCAGAACUUAAUUUAUUUUAACUCCUGCGGCUCAUUAGCGGAGUGUGUUUGUGCGUUUCUGUGUGUAUUUUUGGACUUUCUAUCUGCAGCUGAAAACCUACGAGUGAUAAACAGCCUUUGGAGCCAAAACUGGAGCCACAAAACCCUGUAAAUCAGUUUUAAUGUGAGCUUUGAAGUGAUCUAAAUAUAACUGUGGGGGUGUGGACAGGAAGCAGUCAUCAGCUGGAGCUCGGCUGGAAAUCAGGAAAAUCAGCAGCAGAAAGUUUUAGACGUCUGUUUGUCCUUCAGUGUAUUUUUAUGGUUUUUAAAAUGUCUGCAGAUCAAAAAAAAACUUGAGAUCAGAAGAUGGGAGGAGGAGAAACUAAACAUGUGUCACAUUGUGGUUGAUUGGGGAAGUGGCCGCCGUUUCUCACGAGUGUUGAAAACCAAAUAAGCUCCCACAGUCGAAGCUGAAAGGCUGAACGAUCUGUUGAUGAAACUCAAUUAAGAAAUUCUCAUUUAAAAAAAAAAAACAGCAACACAUUUCAAAAUAAGUUUUCACUGUUAUAUUUCUUUUCCCAACUUUUUGUAGACCUUAGUGAACCCAGUAGACCAGGUUCAUGAAAUGCUGUCCCGAGUUAGUCCAGUUUCUCAGCAGGACUCUUCUACAGAAACAUGCUGUUGUCAGAAUGUGGUUUGGGAUCAUAUGAAGGUCUUCCCUAAAAUAAGUCUUUGUCUGGAUGGAAGCAGAUGUUGCUCCUUAACCUGUAAAUAUUGUUCAGCAUUAAUGAAGCCUUCACAAAUGAGGAAGAUACCAAUGACAUGGACUCUCAUGAUCCCCAUACAGGGCUCGACACGAACUUUUUUCACAAGUAGCACAUGUUCUGCUAAGUUGAAAAUUGAUUAAAUAAUGUUUGUCUUAUUGUCCGACCUUAGUACUACUAUUUUAAAUCAAUUUUAGGUCAAUUGGUCAUGUGACAUGGAAGCUAUUGAAGGAAAACAGCCUUUUCUGAGAACAUCAACUUGUAAUUUAUUGACGGUCCCUUAUUCAACACCCGACGUUGACAGUGAGGGUGCAGAGUAGAUUGAACUACGCUGCUGUUGUUAUUCCCGCUUAUGGAGAGUGAGAAGAACGGUAGAUCCGCAGUGAAUGUCUGUCGAAUAUCCAACCUAAAACUAACUUCACCGCCAUAUUAACAUGAAAAACGGUGAAUUCGCACUCAUCUAUUUUUAGUCGCAAAUGCGAGUGAAACGGUCGCACUGUCGAGCCCUGCCAUACUAUUAGGGCUGCUGAGAACUCUUUGAAAACUGAGGAUGCAGCAUCUAUGAUUUCCAAUUCUUUGUUCAGCCAAUGAAAAGGGGAGUUGCUCCAGGUCAUAACCAAAUUAGAACCAAGUAGCAAACAACUACGUCGUAGCAGACAGCAGCUACACCCAACCAUAGCGCUUUAACACGUGAAGCCGACAGCACUACAAACCCCGAGCACAGCAAGGAGCUCAUGGCGUCUGUGCAGCUGAAUAAGCCGACCCUUCAGUCCGCUUUCUCCAGUGCAACGCCGUGUGACAAAACGUCGAAGAGACACAAAGACCUCACAGAUGCAGUAGAUUAUUGAAUUGCAAAAGACAUGCUACCAUUAAGCACUGUUAAAUUUCAUUUUUUAUAUAUAGUGAUAUAUAUCAAUAUCGACUGAUAUGAAAAAAAUAUAUCAUGAUAAACUUUUUCCGAUAUCGCCCAGCCCUAGUUCAGCAUUAUGCUUAAAACUGAGGAUGCAGCAUCUAUGAUUUCCAGUUCUUCGUUCAAAGGGGAACUGGACUUACUUGGGACGUUUCGCCCUUUCCAAAAGAAAGUUAGAUUUUAAUCAUCAGACCUCAGGACAGUUCUCGGACAAGUGAUAUUAAGUCCAUGCGGUGACUCCAACUCCAGAGUCCUGAUGCUCCUAAACCUGUAGAUGUUGUUCAGCAUGAAUGAAGCCUUCACAGAUGUGGAAUAUACCGAUGACAUGGACUCUCAUGAUCAUAGAGGGGAGUUAGAAUAACCAGUGAUCCUCUCUCUUCAGGUGUUUGUGUCGUAGGAGGUGUUAAUAACCCAAUUUUUGUUUUUUUUUCUUAUGUGUUGUUUGAUGAUUUACAAGAACUCAAAGUAAAUAUCAGCAGGGAGAAACUCUAUUUCACCUCGAGUCAAAAAAGUUUGAGUCACUCGAUUAAACGUCUUUGCAAACAUCAGAAUUUAAAAACCUAAUAAAACAAGUUAAACGCCCACCUGACCUCUCUAAAGCUGUGGCGACAUCCCAUAAUAACCAGCUCAUACACACUGGGUUUGUUUCUUCAACCACUUCCUCUUGGGCUUCCUGCUGUGUUGAAAUAAACAGUCUUCAACUCAGAUAUUUCCUCUGCUUAUGUACUCAGAGCGUUCAUGAUUAUUGUCUUUGCACUCUCAGAAAACAUCCUCACCUGUUUCAGUUUGAAUUUUAUUUUAUGAGCGAGAGACACGAAUCCUCCCCCAGAAUUAAAACAAACUAAUGUGUUUUGUUUUUUCUUCCUUUUCCUCUUUUUUUUCUUUCUUCUUCUUCUUCUUCCUCUUUCCAAACCUCUCAGAGUUUUCAAGAAGUCGAGCCCCAACUGUAAGGUGAGUCAGAGCGUUUAUUUUCCCUGUGACAUCUCAAACACAGCCGGGGGGGAAGUGAUCGCUCUCUCUGCUGCAGAAACAUCAAAAUAUAACAAAAAAAAAAAGCUGUUUUUUUUUCUAUCCUAAAAAAAGUAGUACAAACACUGAGAUAGUGGGAGAAGAAGUUUAUAAGUACACACAGAUCUUUUACUUUACCAUAAACACACUUUAACCUGAUCCCACACACAGUCCUGCUGCAGCAAAUAUCGAUCCGCCGCUGAAAAUAGUCCCAACAGAAGCUCUAUUUUCCAUAUUUCUUUGACAAAAUUUGCUGUUUUGACUUCUCAGUGAAGUGUUUGCAUUAAACUUAAAGUUUCUGCUCUGAACUGAUCAAUAAGUAAACAUGAAAACCACACGUGUGAUACCACAACAGAUCUUAAUAAGUCCAAACUGUCCUGCCUCACCAAAGUCUUUGAAUCAUUAUUAAAUAAUCAAAUCAAAUCAUUUCUUUCCUGUUCUCUGUUUACAUCGAUCCAAUCACACUGUAGCACCAUUACUGCAGUCACAUUUUAAAGGGAAAUGUUGUGCUGAAUUAUUUCUAGAUCUAGAUAGAUAGAUAGAUAGAUAGAUAGAUAUACUUUAUUGAUCCCAAACUGGGAAAUUCACACAGAUCUGUCCCAAGUCUUUGACUCAGUCGACCGCUCUUUAUCGUUCAGAGGCUGUAGGAUGUGGGAUUGGAUUCACAGUCCUGUCGCAGAGGCAGCAAUGCGUGUUCCCACUCUUGUCAAAGGGUGUACCACAAGGUUCAAUACUAGGUUCUGUUUUAUUUACAAUGUAUAUGGAUUACAUUAUGCCGUACUCUGAUGUUUUGUGUAUCACUGUGUCUAAUUGUGUAUUUUUGUAUUAUUCUGUCUUUGUUUUGUUUUGUUGUACUCUCGACAUCAUUGGAAAGUAGAGCACGCUCUGAAGGGUCUUUUGUGAUUUAAAUAAAUGUUUAAUGAAAGAAAAAAAGUAGUUUGCUGCUUGAUCCAGCAGAGGGCACUCUUGUCGUAACCCGACUGUUGAAUGACACUGUUGACCUCAGGAAAUUAGUACAGGGAUGAUUUUUCUACUAAAAUUAUCUCAUUGUUUGAUUAUGAACACUUGGCUGAACUGAAGCAUUGUUUAAAAGAAGUUAAGUUAGAUAUGUAGUAGCAGUUAACACCUUAAAAUUCAUUAAAAUUAAUUUACUGACCUUUCUUUCUUUUACUCAAAGUAAUUAUUUCUAAACUUUCGUGGAGUUUAAUAAAGCCAACAAAACAAAAACUGAGCCCUGGCUGUGAUCGGUCUCUGCAGGUGACUGUUUAUCUUGGAAAGAGGGACUUUGUGGAUCACUUGGACCACGUGGACCCCGUAGGUGAGUCAGAACACCUGACGGGUAAAUAUCUGUGUGUGUGUGUUUGUCUGUGUGUGUGGAGUUUAUUUCUUGCUGACUCUACGGUUUCUCGUUUUCCUUCCUGCGAACAGAUGGAGUGAUCCUCGUCGAUCCCGAGUAUCUGAAGGACAGGAAAGGUAGGACAGCUUCCUCCUCCUCCUCACAUCAAAGUGUUGGUCAGACAGGGUCAGCGGGAGGAGGUCCACCGAGGGUCAGGAUGUACAUGCUCCCAUUUCUCUUCACUGGGCCAACAUGAGAUCUAGAUUCCUUUUCACCGGGGCCUUUACACCUUUACACUCUUGGUCUUUCCUGCUCUCCCCCGCAGUCUUCGUCACCCUCACCUGUGCGUUUCGUUAUGGACGGGAGGACCUGGACGUGCUCGGUCUGUCCUUCAGAAAGGAUCUCUACAUCUCCACCUUCCAGGUCAGAAUCUGCUUCACAUCCACCCUGAAUUCACCUGGUUAAUUUUAGCAGGGACUGAAUCUCUUCAUCAUCAUCAUCAUCAUCAUCAUCAUCAUCAUCAUCUCCUCCUCUUCCUCAGGCGUUCCCUCCGGUGCCUGAGGAGCGGAAACCCAACAGCCGGCUGCAGGAGAGGCUGCUGAAGAAACUGGGCCAGCACGCACACCCGUUCUACUUCACUGUAAGUCUGCAAGGCAGGUUUUACCCAGGAACUAAAUCUGCUUUGAUACCACCAGAACCAGGAUCCACAGCUCCUGGAAAAGUCUCCAGCUUAUACAGAUGUUUGUGUAUUUUCUCUUCAGAUGAUAGAUUGAGAGAAACAAACUUUAAUUCUUCACUUUUUUGAUGUGAACACUUAGAAAAAAAGAACAGGGUGUUUCCAUCACAGGAACUUUCCCCUGAGACUGAGACGGAAGUAAAAACCGUGGUUUGAUUACAGGAAACCGGAAGUGAAUGUAGUUAAUGACGGGCUGCUAAUUGAAAAGGAAAAGGAGGGAAGGAUGGAGCUGUGAUAGGAGUGAAAGUGUAGGAGAGAGGUUUGAUUAAAGAAGCGUUCAAGAACAGAGAGGGACUUUUUAAACUUUAGUGUCUGAAGCUGAAGGAUGUGGUGACACCAAACGACUCAAAGUUCAGGUUUAUCUGUAGACUGAUCCGGUUUGAAGCUGGUUUCUGCUUCUGUGUGAUCUUUGUGGGUGAUCUCAUUCGGUUCGUGGUCUCACUGUUUAAAUUAACACCCUAAUGAUGUCAGCUCGCCCUCACAGCUGCAGGUUUCGGUCUCUGUGCAGCAAACAGAGUUAGUGAGGCCCUGCAGGAGUCUGUGAGUCAGAUCGAACUGCAUCACUUUGUGUGAACUCUGGACUGUGGGGUUUGUCUUUGUCUCACCUGAAACUCUCAUGUCCUCAGAACAAAGAUGCUCCUGGUGAUCAGUUUCUCCUGGAGCAAAUAUACCUGCAUAAAUGAGACUGCUUAGAAAAGUGAUGAAUGAAAAAGAGACAAAAACAGUUUUAUUAUUUUAUAUAUGAGGGUCAAGACGAGCUAGAGAUUUGUAUCCACGAGGUCCUCAUUGGGGUACUUUUUAAGGAUAGCUGAUACUUGACUGGUUUCAGUCUCCUACCAUAGAUUGUUAACAGACUUCUUACCAACAUCAAUGCAAAAAUGAACACUGAUAUUGAUUUUAAGAAUUAUGAAAUCAUUGAUAAAUCUGUCUGAGGCAAAGCAAGUCCACAAAAAGAGUAAAGGGCCCCAAGACGGAGCCCUGCGGUACUCCACAUAACAGUGGAUACGAGGAGAACUAGUCCAGUCCUGUUUCUGAGACUCUAGCCAGAUUACAGAGGGUCUCAAUCAGGAGGAGGUGAGGACAUCUAACGCUGAGUGUCACCUGCAUCAGCAGCUGUUAGACCACUUUUACCCCCAAUUUCCACCGCAUCCGGAACGGCUACGAAAAGGCUGUAUGCACCAAUCGCAGCUGAUCGUAACCAUUCAAGUUAACGUGUCAAUUUCCACCAACUUCUUUCCGUUCCUCUGCGGAUCGGGACGCCAUGCUGGAUAAAUUCAGCAAAGAUUUACCCGUGCUGGAAAGGAAGUCGGACACAGACACAAAAUAAAACAUCCGGCUUCUUUUCAAAACAAAACACUCCGUGUUUCAGGAGGAUUGUGUUUCACACUAUGCAAACUGACGGAGACGAACAAGUAAAAGGUUUUUAGACAGAAUUUCAUCAAAAAUUGCAACCCUUCCGGAUUGGAGCCGUUCUGGAUGUGGUGAAAAUUGGGGGUUAGAAACCUAGAGGGGUGUGUUAGAAACCCUGACUGGACUUAAUCAUAGAUAUUCAGACAAACACAACAGUUCAUGACUGUCUACAAUUUUCUCUAACAUGAGUGAAAGUUUAAAUAUAGUGUUAAAAAAAGAAAGGAUGGUUUGUGCUUUAAUCUGUGUUAUUCUGACUUUCCUGAAUACUGCUGUCAGUGUAAAUAUGAUUUAAAGUUAGAACUCUGUAUGAGUGAUUUUUGGAACAUUAAUGAGGUUUUUGUUUGUUUCCAGAUUCCCCAGAACCUCCCCUGUUCAGUCACUUUACAGCCCGGCCCAGAGGACACUGGGAAGGUAACGCACACAAACACACAUUUAAGGCCUUGUUGUGUAAUACAAUAACCUACUGUGUAUAUCGACAUUUGAUUUUUAAUAUCACAAUUCAAGAAAUUUGGAUCCCAGCAAAAAAAAGAGAGAUUCACAAAAUAUAGAAAAUGUUUUUUUUAUAUAAACUACUAGAGAUCCAACAAUGGAAUUCCGUUUAAGAGUUUAAAAUAAGGAAUAGACACCCAACGCUUAAAAUAUUCUACAUAAAACAGGAUUGCUGUCUGGAUGCCCUUUCAGUAUAAGACGUAAAAUUGCACCAUUCGUAUUUUAAAACUUAAAAAUAGCGCCCUCUGGAGGCCCUUCAGUGGAUUUAAUGUGAAAAAAAUUUCGAUGCUGUUUAGUACACAAACAGAGUAAUCAGAGUUGUUUGUAUGCCUUUCCCAUAUUUAAAAGCUUUUAAAAAGUGGUUUCUGAGUGCUCUUCCAGGAUUUUAAAUAUUACAAGAUGUGUAUUUGACUUUAUUCCAGUCGUUAAACAUGAAAAGUAUCUUUUAUAAAACAUAAAAACUCAUACCGACAUGUUUCCCUCUCUGUAUGGGAAACAUAAAGUGCUCCAGUCUCAUUAAACAUUAUGUGUUUAGUUGACACACUACUCUAGAAAACCAUUUAAGUGUUAAUUCACUUAAAUCUGUUAAUUGAUCUAGAUUUAGAUAAUGUGAGACAGAUAAAACUUAUUUUUUUGUUAAUUAUGUGUAAAUAUUUUUAUGUUAAAAAUCAGCCCCACCAAAGUCUGCAUAUAUUUAAACUGUGAUGCAGGAUUUAAGUGUUUUCUUCUCUCCUGCAGGCCUGCGGCGUCGACUUUGAGAUCAGAGCUUUCUGCGCCAAGUCGAUAGAGGAGAAGAUUCACAAGAGGUGAGUUCACACGUGCAGAAGACUGGACGGAAACCAGAUUUAAUGUUUGACAUUAAUUCAGAUUAAAGGGGACCUGCCAUCAAAAAUGUAAUUUUGUGUGUUUUUGUGUCAGAUAAGGUUCAUAUUAUGUUCGUCUUAUGUUGUAAAUGUGAAAACAAACCGUUACGUCGUUUGCAUUCUGUAAAGGUUUAAAAUAAACAAACGGGUAAACCAGGCCAAUUGAAAAAGCAGGUCCCUCUGACGUCACGCUGACCUUGCUCAUUAUUAUUCACGAGCGCGUCCUCGGUGAGCCGCGCCCACUCUCUCGUUCUCGUACUCAUUCACAGUCAACAUCACUCUCCAGCCAGAACAAGACCCAGCUACCACUGUAUCAGCUAUGGGUCUCUUCCAAAUGACUGAUGUUUCCUUCGGUUAAAGCUGGGCAGAAUGAAUGAGAAAACACCCCUGGAGAUCUCCGGCUUCUUCUUCAACUUCCACCUCCUCUUUGGACUCGGGGUCUAAAAUAUAUGGUUUAAUACCUGCCAUUUUUAGCCUUUAGCAUAAGGUGACUAGACGUCCCCGAUUUCCGGGGAUAGUCCCCGAAUUGGAUGAUCUGUACCCGGCAAAAGCUGUCCCCGAAAAUGUCCCUGAUUUAAGCGUUUCAUGAAUGAGAGCAAAAAUGUUGCGUGUGGGCUCGAACAACGGUUAUUACAGUAGCCGAAUGGGUAGGGAGCACAAGUAAGCAGUCCUGAACAACAGUUCUUACGGGGGUUAUUACAAGGGGCAUGCGCUGCUACUGAAUAGUACCGAGAUGUUGUCUGUGAUCACCCAGCCCCUGCAGCCCCUUCACCCUCCCCGCCACCGCCGCACCAAAUAUCCCUGGAUAUCAUUACAGACAUCUGGGCACCUUACUUUAGCACACAUUAGCAAGAUGGAGAAACCGAAAUACGAACCUCCACUGCUGAGCCAAUCAGAGCAUAGCAGGCUUCACAGCAGCGAUCCAAUCAGAGCAAAGCUCAUUACCAUAAAUGUUAAUGAACCAAAAUCAGUUGGUUUUCCUGUAAGGUUUUUUAGGCAUACUAAAACAAACCAACAAAUAACUUUUCAGCUAAAAUUAUGUUGCAAACAUGAUCAGAGGACAUCAAGGAUUAUGAAAAAAAGAUAAAAAUGGGUAUGAAAUGUUGAUGGCAGGUCCCCUUUAGAACUGCUUUUUGGACCUGAUGGUUUUAUGUAUGAAAACGUAGGAACUCGGUGCGUCUGGUGAUCAGGAAGGUUCAGUACGCUCCAGAGAAACCGGGUCCUCAGCCCAUGGUGGAGACGACCAGAAACUUCCUGAUGUCUGACAGAUCCCUACACCUGGAGGCCUCCCUGGACAAGGAGGUAGAAACACAUACAACCAGAAAAUUAAAGUUGAUCGAAGGUUAAAUGUGUCCUGUAAAUGAUCCAUUCUCAAAUAAAUCCAUUUUUCUCCCAUCGUACAUUGUGUGUAGUUGUAUUAUCACGGAGAGCCCAUCAGCGUCAACGUUCACGUCACCAACAACUCCACCAAGACGGUCAAGAGAGUCAAGAUCUCAGGUGAACUUCCCUCCUCUGCUCCUCAAUCCUCUCUCGUCUUUUCGGAAAUAAGAAAUCCUGAAUCUAAACUUUGUCUUUUUGUCUCUGCAGUGCGUCAGUAUGCAGAUAUCUGUCUCUUCAGUACUGCUCAGUACAAAUGUCCAGUGGCCCAGCUGGAGGCAGAGUAAGUCCCAGUUUGAUGUCCCAGUAAAAUCUCCUCGAAGACCUUUUGUUUACCCGUGUAAUCUGAGGGUUUGACCCAGUCUGAAGCAGAAAAUACUGUUUCAAAUCAGCGUGAUAUCACCUCAGUAUAAGGAAUCCUGUUUUUAAUCCUGUUCAGUUUAAUUGACAGUAGCGUCAUGUUUCCAUAGCGACCAGGUGUCGUCCAGCUCCACCUUCUGUAAGGUUUACACCCUGACCCCGACGCUGGACAAGAACCGAGAGAAGAGAGGCCUCGCUCUGGACGGGAAACUCAAACACGAAGACACCAACCUGGCCUCCUCCACCAUGUAAACACACACACACACACACACACACACACACACACACACACACACACACACACACACACACACACACACACACACACACACACACACACACACACACACACACACACAAACGCUGUACAGGUGUGUAGUAUAGGUGUGCAGUGGGGCUCUACUUUGUGUUACAGAGUGAAGGACGUCACCAACAAGGAGGUCUUGGGGAUCCUGGUGUCCUACAGAGUCAAAGUGAAGUUGGUGGUGUCACGUGGAGCGUAAGAUACUCACACACAUGCACGCACACACACUCACACACACUCACACACAGACACACUGUUUCUUGGACAUGCUAACUUUGACCGUAAAGUAAAUCCUGAUCCUGACCAUCAGUGACUCCUUGUUGCUGCAGCUCAGCUUCUUGUUUCACUCUUGUUGUCGGUGUCAGUUGCCGUGGUAACAGUCUGCUUGUGUUGUUGCCGUAGGAGCUCCUCACUCUGCUUGCUUCCACUGUAGGUUGUGAACGUGUUGUGAACGUGUUGCCUCCUGCUUUUCAUUUCACCUCCCUCCUUUUCUGUUUGUGUGGCUUUUUGUUCGCCUCCCUCCUCCUCCCUCCUCUGCCUCCUCCGCUCUGUGCCUCCCCCUCCUCCUCUCCUCUCCCCCCUGCAGGCUGCUGAGAGGCGUGAUGGAGAGGUAAAUGUGUGUGAACUGAAGCUGACAGCACACGUGAAGCAUCAGAACACUGAAAAUGUCUGCCACAGCUUUUAACUCUUUUAAGCAAAUUUAACAAACAUUAAUCCGGUUUAAGAGUAUCUCCUCUGAUAUUGAGCAUCUAUAACUUGUGAAGCAGAUUACAAAGUACUUAAAUGAAAUUACUAUUAAUUUAACUUAUUUAGACCAUUUUUAAUAUUUUAGAAGCUUUCAGUUGUUAUGAUACUUUUAAGUGUUUUUAAAAUGAGUAAAAAAAAUUAAACCUGUAAUAAUUUUAGUGACACUUAGGUUUGUUUUAGUUGAUUUCAUGAUGUUUUCAAGAUUAAAAAAGUACAUUCUAAACCAGUGAGAAAAAAAAAUUUAUGUUUCCUUAUUUAUUCAGUUUCAAACCAUUUUAACAAAAGAUAAUUUAGAAAACAAGCUGUUUUAUUUACCUAUUUGAUUUUAAGCUUAAGUAGAUAAAAGCACAUGAAUAAGCAAAGUGCCAUUUUAUUGUUUCAUUAGGAUUUAUUAACAGUUAAAACUUUAUUCAGAGAUUUAAAAUCUUUUAAAAUGGAAAAAAAACAAAAAAAAAACAUUAACAGACUUGUGUAAAGUUUAGUUUGAACAGGUAAAAACUCAUUUUAACUAGUCCUUAAUCUGUUUCUACAUUUUAGACUGAACUUUUAUUCCCAACUUUAAAAAUUUGAUUUAAGUUUGUUUGAGUAAAUAAAUAAACUUUAUUAAUUUUAAGUGUCAGUCUACUCUCUGAUUCAUAUUCAAACCUCUUUUAAACCUCCUUUAAACCUCUUUUAACAACAGAUAAACAGCUUUAGCUGUUUGUGGGAGGGUUUAACUAUUUCAAAGAGUUUUAAACACAGAAAUUCAAAUAGUAUGCAUUGCUCUUGGGUUGAAUCAAAUUUUAAUUUUAGAAACUUUUAAACUUGAGUCAAACAAGUUUAAUAGUUAAGUCAACUAUAAAAAAAAAACAGAUAAAUAAAAAAACAUUUAAAAUCUGUUUUCAAAGACUGGUUGCUUACUUUCAAACAUUAAUGAAUAUUAUUUUAUUAGUGUUCUAAAUAAAUACACAUCAAUUAAAAAUAAAAACAUAAAUUCAAAUCAGUAUAAAAUGUUCUGGAGUUGAAGCAAGAAACUUUUUAAAACAUGAAUCAAACAAAUUCAAUAGUUAAGUCAACUAUUAAAACACAAAUAAAUAAAAUAAAAUCAAUUUUCAAAGACUGCUUACUUUCAAACAUUAAUGAAUUUUUAUCAGUGUUUUGAGAUUUUAACCAGAUACAAUGAAGUUCUGUUGUAGUUUUAAGUAUUAAAAAAGCUUAAAACUACAUCUAACACAUAUAGCUACUUUGAAAUAGUUUAAAAGAAGACUGCAUUGUUAAAAACACGUUUUUAAGAGUGUUACAACCAAUGAGAACGAGGAAUAGAGCAGCUGUAACUGAUUUUAAUGAUAAACCUGAUUAAAGAUAAAAACAAACGUAAUCUGUUUUAAAUGUUUGUAAUUCCAUUUUAGCUGUUGGUUAACUUUUUUAAGUUUACUUUUCUGCUGCAGUAACCUUACAGUCGUAUUUUACUGUACUCUCAGUCUUAAUGUGUGGUGGUCUGAAGGCUGACAUCCCCUGUGUGUGUCUGUGUGUGUGUGUCUGUGUGUUUCAGAGACGUGUCGGUGGAGCUGCCCUUCAUCUUAAUGCAUCCUAAACCUGUGGAGCCGCCCGUGUCCCGCCCACAGUCAGGUGAGUCCUCACAGGUCCUCACAGAUCACCUGUGGAUGUGUGACGUUUGUUUGUCAAUCAAAACGACAACAACCUGAAACACUGUUGAGUCCAAAGACACACACACACACACACACACACACACACACACACACACACACACACACACACACGUACACUCCGCUGCAGCAACUGUUAUAUAACACUCCAUUCUUGUCCCUUCUUCAUGCACUGAAUUUCCAUGGAGACAAGAUUCAGUUUCCAUGGCAACAAUUGUAUGACAUACUAACGUGUGUGUAUGUGUGUUACAGCUGUGCCAGAGAUGGACCCCCCCAUCGACACCAAUUUGAUAGAAUUCGACACAAAGUGAGUAUCAAACACUCGGUCGAGUUUAUCAAAUGAAAAGAAAUGUUUAUAUUAUUUUUAUCGUAAUUUAAAGGAACAGUUCACAUCUUCACCCGACAACAAAAGCACACUGUCGGAAAAAAAGAGCACUGAGAGAGAAAUGUAGGUCAUUUCACCCACUCCUUCUCUGUAGUGAGUAGUGCCUCCAGAAAAACAAAAAUCCUGCCAAGCUGUUUUUAAUCUGGUCCAUGAAAACUCAGACUGACUGAACGUUAUGAUACAUCGUUAUCAUCAUACUUUAUACAGAAGUGUCUCAAAAUCUGAUUACUGUGAAAAAUUAACUGAGCUGAGUAGAAGAGGAUGUGGCAUCCAUGAUGUCCACAUUUUCAGUGUCCAGGAUUUCAAAACGCAGUGUCCCUAAAUUCCAAAACAAAUGUCAGAUUUUAUGGCGCCCACAAUUUCCCCCAAACAAAAUCAAAUCAUGCAGCAUUCAUGAUUUCCAAAAAGAAUAUAAGAUUUUGAUCCAUCAGACCUCAGGACAGUUUUCCUCCUCCCCUCAGUCCACCUUCAAUGGGCUCAGGUGCACGGAAGCUUGGUUCAGUUUUUAACCUCAUUAGCAGAUACAAUGAUGGAUGAGUGUUGGGCGGUAUAACGGUAAACUGUGUGAUGGUAUAAAGGUGUCUACCGGUACAAAGGUUUCUCUAAAGUUUAUACUGGAGAGAGAGAGAGCAGAUGUCUGCUGCAUCUCUCUGAGUCAGUGUGUAGUCAUCUGCGCUCACUAACAGGAAAGCCGGAGCGCGUCCGUUUGGGUGCGUUUCCGUAUAUUUACCAGCGUGUCGUGCAGAGUUUGUUCUCUCUGUUUGAUUGGUAAUCACUAGCGUGUCCAGCAGUCUUCUUGGCAUAGUUUCGAUGAAGAAGAAACAACUUCACUGGUGGUGGUCAGGGCGGACGCAGAGAUUAGUGGCAGUACCGAGCAAACGGAGGCAGCCCGACCCAGACAACAUGAGGAAGAGGAGGAGGGACUUGUUCUGAAAAAGGACGCGACUCGGGACAUCAGUUGUCUGGAGAUUCUUCGGAUUUAGAAAAUCCGACAAUGACCAAAAAACAAUACUAUACAAAGAGUUAAUGUGUCAAUUUCCACGACUUCUUUCCGUUCCUCUGCGGAUCGCCAGACUCCGCAGCUGCUCGCAAGAGUUCUAUUUUUCCAGACGCCAGAUCAUGCCGGAUAAAUUCAGCACAGAUUAACCCGUGCUGGAAAGGAAGUCGGGCACAGACACAGAAUAAAACAUCCGGCCUCUUUUCAAAAUAAAAUGCUCCGUGUUUCAGGAGGAUCGUAUUUCACACCAUGCAAACCUGGGCGGAGAUGAACAAGUAAAAGGUUUUUAGACGUCAUUUCACCCCGAUGACACCAUGGAUGAGGAGAUGCUGAUUCUAGAAGUCUAGAAGUAGAUUUCCUCCUCUGGAAGUACGCAAUCUAUAUGGUUAUGUGGCUGUCUUUACAGAGACGACUCGUUAUCGCAUGAUUGCACGUGAAUCCGCGGGUUCUUGUGAGUUGUAAUGAUUCCCGCUGUCCAUAAUCCGUCACGAAGUUCGCCUCACAAACGGAGCUGUUCCGGACACGAUGGAAAUUCAGGGUUAGCUCACGCGGUUUCUCACAGAGUGGUGAACCUGUUUUGAAGCCUGUGUGUAUUUAGUCCAGAAGUUUUGCGUUGAAUUUUUUGUAUUUCUGUCUCAGCAGCAUUUCCCAGGACGACGACUUUGUCUUCGAAGACUUUGCCCGCCUGCGACUCAAAGGCGCUGUGGACGACAAAGACGAGGACUGCUAGGAGCUCGCCAACCUCUUCAUAUGCUCGCUUCAAGACCACAGCACACACACACACACACAAACACAAACACACACACACACACUUACACACACAUUGUUCACGUUACAUUCCCCGGUGGAGGGGGUGGAUGAGGGUAUGUUGGACGGAUACCUUGCGAGGGCGUCGGUGGUGUUCUUCCUCUCUUGCUUUAGUCAUUCGUCAUGCCGCUGCCAUACUUUGCCGUCGUCUUCUCCAUCCGUCUCUCUGUUUCUCUUUUUGCUGAAAAAACUUGUUAAAUGUGGAGGACAGAUUUCCGAGAGAAGGUCAUGUGAAGGAAAAUCUUAUCAGCUGAAACGAAUGAAAAAUAAAAAAAAAGACGAGGAGGAAGCUGAAGAGUCUUUUAUUUUGAAAUCCUUUUUGAAUGUCGAUCACCGUCUUGUAAAAACAGAAUAUAUAUUUGAAACAUAGAAAAAUAAUCUUCUACGAGCUGUCAGGUCUGUUCAGUGGUGAUCUACGACUUUUUUUUUUUCUUUGAGGUAACACUGUUGACGCUUUUUCAUCGAGGCUGCGAGGGGAGGACACACACACGAGAAAAACACAAACACACACCAUAGUCUUACACCGACGACUCGAUUUCACCAGCAUCCACUCGCUGCCAUUGUCGCACUCAGUCGUCCACUUUCUAAACGGUUUUUCACUUUAAUCAGCUGCGAGGUUUCGGAUUUUCUUCAUCUGUUUUUUUUUCUUCUCUGAGAACUUCUCCAGCGUGAUCGAGUUGUUUGAGUUCGUUAAAAAGUUAAACGGUUACGUCUGACAUUUCACGCCGAACAAACAGACGCUUCAGUUCAGUCCGUGUUUUAAACACUUUACGUCUCUGGUCUGAAGAAACAACCUUUCCCAACAAUUAUCAACAGUUAAGGAUGAAACAGGUGGAGUUAUUUUGUCAAAAUCAGCAAAAACACAAUCAUUACUACUUUCUCCACAGGGGGCGCCAAAGUCAACACAGAAAGUUCCUCAAGGGAGCUUUUAACUGUUAGCAAAUGUAACAUCAGUCAGUACGAUUACUGAUGUUAGUUUGACUGAAACUGGAUUUUUAAAAACAUGUUAACAAGUGAAUCCGACUGAAAUCGCACAACUUAAGUUAAAUGUGAAUGAGUGGAGUAAAUAAGCUGAUAUAUCAAUGACUGGUUGAAAUCUGGGAAAAAAAUGGAAAAAAAAUAUAUUUUUAUUUUCACCAGCAAAAAGUAAAAAAAAUAGGUGAUUCACUUUAAUGAAAAACUGCUGAAGAAUUUCUUUUAAAAAUGUUUUAAAAGUCUCUCAAAGACGAGGAUGUUUGUUGCAACUGUCGUCGAAUUUUAAACUGUUGAAAGUGAAGUCAGGAAAAAUGUCAGACUGAAUUAAGUCCUGAACAACAAACUGUAAAGGUAGUAAUAUUGUUGAAAUAAAAAAUGCAGAUUGUUUUAAGGUAGGAUAAAUCUAUCUUUAGGUUUCUCAUUUAUUUGUUUUCAAAUUUUAUCGUCAAAGUCCAAAGUUUUUACGCUAGUCCAGGUUUAAAAGACAUUAAAAGGCUUUUAAAAGUGACUCUUUUUUCCAUUGACAGAAAACAACAUAGCCUUAAGUUGUUUUUAUUCCCUCUCCCGGUCUGAAAUGAUUCAAACUGCUUUUUGUCAGUUUUAGAUUUACCGACUGAUUCUUCACAUUUUAUUAAAGAAAAAAAAAAGAUUAAUUGUUUGCAAGUUAAGAUGUUGCUUACCUCUUUUUAACAUUUAAAAAAAAAAAAAAUUUUAACAAUAAGCUGAGUGUAACUUUAAAAAUGAGGAACACUCUGAUCACACUGGACUCGUUCUCACAAACUUCAACCUCGUGUCCGGCUUCGAGUCUUUGACAUGUUUGGAGGAUUUAAAAUUAUGACAAUAAAACAGUUUUUUAUUUUUUGUCUUUUUUUAUCAGAUACUCUAUUAUCUCAUCAGCUCUUGUGUUUUUAAACAGAUGCUGAACUCGUCGUGACUCAACUCUGUUGAAACCUUCACCUGUCGACUUUUAAAGGGAAACACUGGUGUGUUUUUAAGUUUCCAAUCAUCGCCUCACCUCGAGCAGACGCACAAACGCUUAAAAAAAAACGUGUUUUAAAGCAUUUAGCAUUCGUUUUUGUAGAUUUGUAAACUUCAUGGUGCCUUUUACGUCACUCUUUGUUGCCAAUAAGACGAUAUCCAUUUAUGCCGCUCCCAUGAUAUUUUUAUUUUUUGUUAUUGUUGUGGGAAACAUAAAAAAAUGUUUAAAAGUUAGAUUAUUUUGUUAAAAUGGAUUUUACCUCUAAAAGUGUUCAAGUCGUUUCAACCAAAGUUCAAAAAAGUUUCAGAAUUUAGAAAAAAAGUUUGAUUCUAAAGAAGUUCAAAAUGUUUUCAGCCUGUUAUGUAGCGAAGGUUUUUAUCAUUUCUCCCUUAAAAAAAUUUUGGAAUAUUUUUCUUACCUGAUCUAAACUCAUUCAUAUGUCUAAAAGUGAUUAAAAAAGAAUCUAAAUAAUAUUUCAGAUUUUUUUAUUUUUAUUUUCCAAAGAAAACUGUAGUAUCUCUUAAUAUUGCACAUAUUGUGUGACUUUCCUUUUUGUUUCUUGCGAAGCGUUUUCCUUUGAAACGGUUCAGUAUUUGCCCGACAAUAACAUUUUUGCCUCAAGUAAUCUUUUUUUUUUUUUUGUUACAUUUUCUUUUUCCUGUAAGAUAUCAAUGUUUCUUAGCAUUUUACUAAUAAGAAUGUCUUCACACAAACGGUUUUCAUCUUCACACAAUUUGUGUUUUUUAGCCGUAAAAUUAAAAAGUUUCAUUGUUAAGAAAAAAUCUAAACCCUCCAUUUUUAAUUGUUUUACUUUUCAUUGUAAAAAAAACGACUUGUAAAGUAUAAAUCACCUAAAAACACUAAAAUAGAUCACAAGUUGUUGAGACUGGAUCUUAGAAUUACUUUUUCCUUUAAUGUGAAAAAGUUUCUGAUUUUUGAGAAAUGUUGGUUUAUUUCUCUUAAAAUCAGUGAAAACUAAAAAUACAAUUUUCACCUUUUCUGAUAAAAAGAAGCCACAUUAUUUGCAAAAUAAUCUUAUGCUGAGAGUAUUUCAAAAACCUUUAAAGGAUUUUUUGUUUUUUAAAUCUGAGUUUAUCUUAAACUGUGGCUCCUUUCCUCCCUAAAUGUUUGGUUUAUCCUCACUGUUUGGCACUUUUUUGCAAAAAUUUAGCUGUUUUUGAAACUUUUUCCAAACUCCAGAUUUGUGAAGUGCCAUGAGAAGCUCUUUAGCCAAUGAAAACGUCUGACAAGGGUCGCGAUGAGAGGAAAGUUGAAGGCACCAGUGUUUCUCCUCUGACAGGUGAAGGACCUCAGCAGCUCCGGUUUGAUCCUCCUCUUCCUCAUUUUCAUUCUUUAAUUCCGGGCUUCGUCCUUCUCAUAUCUUGAUCGUGUUUUUUUCUCUCAAACCCUGUAAGAAAACGGCACUUUCACCAAACCCAAACGAACCCACAGAACUGCAGAAGCUUUUCCUCUUUUCGCUGAUUUCAGGAGACAAAGACGAAUGUUGAUCUUUUUUGAUGCUCGGCCGUUUAAAGAAAUCGGCGGUUCUGUUCUCGUCGAGUUUUUAGACUUCUCAUAUUUUUAUUUUCACCUUAAAACUGCCAAACUCCCCUCCCUGGUCCUGGGCUCCGUCGGUCACCCAGAAGGAACGAAGAAAAAGACGAAGAAGAGGAAGUGAACUCCGAGCAUGUUUCAGACUCUUUGGUUUCUUUUUUUGGUUUCCAAGCAGUGCUGUGAAUCGUACGAGCUGUGAUUCUGUCCUUAUUUUGUCGUGCAUAUGUGGGGUAACUUUGCUAAGUGUGAAAAUAUUUUGACAAGUGCCACGCCCCGGCCUGUGCGAUGCUUACCAUAAUGUCUAUAAAAAACAGGCAGUGAUUUCUGCUGGUGGCACCGACACCAGAAAAGAUAGUUAUGAUUAUUAUGCUUCUGAUUAUUAUUAUUAAUAUUAUUAUUAUUAUUAUUAUGGUGACUAUUAUUACUUCUACUGUAUCAUCAUUGCGACCAUGAUUAUUCUCAUAAUCAUUUAAGAGUCUAUUGUUUUGCCAUGUAUUUUUUAUUUUGAGAUUUUUAUUUUAGUUUUCUUUUUAUUAUUAAAGGCAAAAUGAACUAACA